AGGUGGCUCAUUCCUGGGGUUGUGGUAUUUGUCCUGAGUGGAGCUCUCACCGGAAGGGGCCUGACAGGACCAAUCCACCAUGCCUGAAGUCAAAGACCUUUCAGAAGCCUUGCCAGAAACAUCAAUGGACCCCAUCACGGGAGUGGGGGUGGUGGCUUCUAGGAACAGAGCCCCGACAGGCUAUGAUGUAGUUGCACAGACAGCAGAUGGUGUGGAUGCUGACCUCUGGAAAGACGGCUUAUUUAAAUCCAAGGUUACCAGAUACCUGUGUUUCACAAGAUCAUUUUCCAAAGAAAAUAGUCAUUUAGGGAACGUGUUAGUGGAUAUGAAGCUCAUUGACAUCAAGGACACCCUGCCUGUAGGCUUCAUCCCAAUUCAGGAGACGGUGGACACACAGGAGGUGGCUUUUAGAAAGAAGAGGCUGUGCAUUAAAUUUAUCCCACGGGAUUCAACUGAAGCUGCCAUCUGUGACAUUCGAAUCAUGGGCCGGACCAAGCAGGCACCUCCUCAGUACACCUUUAUUGGGGAACUGAACAACAUGGGGAUCUGGUAUCGAAUGGGCAGAGUGCCAAGAAAUCAUGACUCAUCUCAACCCACAACGCCUUCCCAGUCAUCAGCUGCUUCCACCCCAGCCCCCAACCUUCCCAGGCACAUCUCUCUAACACUGCCUGCUACCUUCCGAGGCAGGAACAGCACUCGGACUGACUAUGAGUACCAGCACUCCAAUUUGUAUGCCAUAUCAGCAAUGGAUGGUGUGCCUUUUAUGAUUUCAGAGAAGUUUUCUUGUGUUCCAGAAAGUAUGCAGCCCUUCGAUCUCUUGGGAAUCACCAUCAAAUCUCUGGCAGAAAUUGAAAAAGAGUACGAAUACAGCUUCCGCACAGAGCAGAGUGCCGCUGCCAGACUCCCGCCAAGCCCCACCAGGUGUCAGCAGAUCCCACAGUCGUGA